GCCCGAGCCCGAGCGCAGUGGCCUCCGAGCGGGAACCGGACUGGGAGCCGGAGCCGGAGCGGGAACCGGAGCUGGAGCCGAAGCUGGAGCCGGCACUGCGGCGCACGGAGCGGAGCGCUGCAGCCAAGCCGAGUGAGUGGAGGGGCCUUUCCUGCGAGAAGUCAGAGCCGUGCCCGUGGGCAGGCUGGCUCCGCUGUUCUGCUCCAAGGAUUACAUGUCCUUCAAACGUCCCUGCCCCUUAGCACGAUACAACCGCACCAACUACUUCUACCCCACAUUCUCAGAGAGCUCAGAGCACAGCCAUCUGCUCGUGUCCCCCGUGCUGGUGGCGAGUGCCGUCAUAGGUGUGGUCAUCAUCCUCUCCUGCAUCACCAUCAUCGUGGGCAGCAUCCGCAGGGACAGGCAGGCCCGGCUUCAGCGGCACCGCCACCGCCACCGCCACCACCACCACCACCACCACCAUCACCACCGCCGGCGUCGACACCGAGAGUACGAGCACGGCUACGUGUCGGACGUGCACACAUACAGCCGCUCAAGCCACAGGAUGCGCUAUGCCUGCAGUUCCUCGGAGGACUGGCCCCCACCCUUGGACAUCAGCUCUGAUGGGGACGUGGAUGCCACGGUACUCAGGGAGCUGUACCCAGAUUCUCCACCAGGCUACGAGGAGUGUGUGGGGCCAGGGGCCACUCAGCUGUAUGUCCCCACGGACGCACCGCCACCCUACUCUCUGACUGAUUCCUGCCCCACGCUGGAUGGCACCUCCGACUCAGGCAGCGGCCACAGCCCCAGCCGACACCAGCAGGAGCAGAGAACCUCGGCCCAAAGUGGCCUCCACACGGUCUCCAUGGACACCCUUCCCCCCUAUGAGGCUGUGUGUGGAGCCGGCCCCCCAUCGGGCCUGCUGCCACUGCCGGGCCCAGGCCCAGGGCCAAGGGGCUCCCAGGGCUCACCCACCCCAACCCGGGCCUUAGCCUCUGGCCCAGAGAGGAUUGACAAUCUCACCAUGGGCUCCUGCUUCUUCUCCUCCUCCUCCUUACAGCCCUUCACUUCCUGGGCUGUCCCCAAGGACCUGAGUCAUACCUCCCAGACUAGGGGCCUGGAACUGUGGCCCAAGCUGACUCCUGUCCAGAGUGGGCACAUGACCCAGGCUCAGUCAGCCAGAGACCCUGUGGCCUCUGAGCUCCUAAGUUAUGCAAGGAACCUGGGAGCUGCUGACAGGACUCUCUCCUCCAUAUCCAGCUCCCUCGGAGCCACCAUGAACAGGCCCCAAUCCCCAGGCCCAGGCGAAGCUGCUCUGGGCGAGACCCUCCUGGGCGACCUCAUCAGCUACUACCAGGAGAGGGCAGGGCAGGGCCGGCUCCAUGUCUGCAGGAAAGCAGCCCUCACCCACAGGGCCAGGCGGCUCCUGGGAAAGGGGGGCCCUCCAUGGCUCUGUCUGCCAGAGGAAGUGGCCCUUGCUCUGGGCGGCUGCUGUUGCGGGGGUCCCAGUCCUGUCAGCCCUGUCACAAAAGUCGGCCCCCAGCUGGUGCGUGCACUAGAGUUCCUGGAGCUGCUCUCUGUCAACCUGCUUCUGUUUCCCUGGAGGAAGGAAAUCAGGUCCCUGAAGAUGUACACUGGAAGCUUUACCUACUUGGUACGAUCUGUGCUUUCCAGACACACAGUGGACACCAUCCUGGGCAGGCUGGGCUACAUGACCACCUUGGAGUCUGAGUUCUCACUGGUCCAGGCCAUCAGUAAAGAGGACAUCAAGCAGAUGGUGUUCGAGAUCUUCCUGGCGAGGGUCUCAUGUGAGGCCGUUCUUAGAACCACAGGCACACGGGUGCUUGAGCUGGGCACAGAGAAACUUGCCAGGCCUCACAGCAGGCACAACUCAGAGAAAAGGCUGGUGAAGCCCUGCAGCUGCCUCGAGGGGGUUCAGCCAGGCCCAGGUUCUGGGGGACCACAGCAAGGUCCCUCAGAAGGGGUAGGAUCCGAGAGGGCCCUGGCAGAGGGCACUGCUGACCAGAGAUCUCUGCCCAUGGCUCUGAGCCCAUCUGAGGUCUCGACAGCCCCCAACAGCCUCCCCAACAGCUCCCCAGUCCCCUGGGGCCCCCAGUGCCAUGCCAGCACAUGCUUGGACAGUGAGGAGGUCCUGCCUUGCUUCAGUGACCCUGUCUUACACUGGAUGCCCUGGUUUCCCAAGGACAUUUUCCUGAGAAGCCUGAAGGGAAACCAACUCCCAGGCCUAGCCCUGGCCCCUGGCCCUUCCUCGGGUGAGGUGGUCACUGCCUCAGGGUGCAGCAGGGAGCAGUCCCUGGUCUCAGAUGCAGUUCUUGAGAGCAGAGAAGUCACCAUUCUCAGCCAGCUCUGCCCGACACCAGGUCCCCAAUCUCCAGGGUAGUCCUUAGACCAGAAGCCACAAGCAUAGCUGGAGCUGGCCAGCCCCAGAACAGAUGCCGCACCUCCCAGCACCUCUUCAGAGAGGAAUGAGCUCUGUGAGUGCUUCCCCCACCUUCUGGGCCCCUCAACUCCUGCAGGCCAUCAUAGAGGCAUCCCGCACCCUGGGGUGGAGGAAGAUGGACAACUAGGGCCUCUCAUGGGGCCAGAGUCAACUGGUGAUGAUGGCAGCCCAGAAAGUGGAGUCACUCCGCUCUGGAGGUCUACCCAGGCUCCCCUGCAUGGAUGAGAGUCCCCCAGCACCCACUAUACCCCCCAGUGGGGGCUGGUGACACCAGUUCCCACCCAAAGACACCAUCCCAGCAAUGGCUGACGGAGUAAACUCUGGCUGGUACAAGGCAGGCACCCUGAAUAAGCAAGUAACUCUCACUGCGAUGUCCACCAGGAAGUGACUGCUGGGAGAGGAGCUAGACCUGGGAUCACGGCACGGGAGGAGAAGCAGGGCACAGGGGAAGAGUGGCCAAACCUAUAGCUUGCAUAGGAGCCAAUCUGCUAACCCCAAAAGCUCUCAAAUUCCAGCCCUGCCAUCGAUGGCUUGUGUGACCUUGGGCAACUCACUCCAUCUCUCUGAGCCUCGUUUUCCUCAUCUGUAAAGUGACUAUGGUCAGACGUCUUCCCAGGAAGCUGGGAAGAGUUAGUGAGGUGAGGUGUGCUCAGAGCCCAUUAGAGACCGACCCAGAGAAGGGUCCCUCCCUUUAGGCUUUCUGUCGCCUUCAUGUCCCAGGUCAGUUGUGUGACCCUGGGUAAGUCAUCCUGCAGCUCUAAGCAGCUGCUUCCCUCAGCAGCCUUCAGACCCAUUUGACCUGUCACAGUGCAAAUAAAGAGGGCAGAGAUGUGUAGACAACUGGAUGUGUAGUACACCCUUAAUUCAUCUAGGAUCCACUAUUGGCCUCCCUUUUCUCUCGGCUAAUUUGUUGGGAGCUCAGGGUCAGCUCUCAUGCCUGCUCUCCACCCAGGAGUGGGGGCACCCCCUCUACCUGCCAUCUCCUGCCCCUUUAUGUACACAUAUACAUGCACACAUGCACACAAGUGGGUACAUUCAGGCACGGCACACGCACAUACACAUGCCCUUAGUCAUUCCUCAUUGAGAUCCCAACAGAGGGCAUCCUCCUCCAAUCAUGGGCUUCUCUACGCGGUGGCAGGUGUCAUUAACCCAGGGACGGCCUCUAGGGCUUCCCAUCUGUGAAGUGGGAAACAUUAAAUAGGUGAAGGUCCCUUCAGGGUGCAAAGCAGGUGUGUAAUAAAUGUUGGUACCUGCCUUUGCUCUCCCUGAAACUGAGCAUAUAACCACAUCACUUUCAGUCCUUAAGACCAAGAUGAGGCCUCAGGCUGGAAGGAUUUUAAAAGCAUUGGCUCCACCUCCAUCCAAGUCAGAGAGAGUCGUCCACUAAGAUAGCCCCUACACAGGCUUUCUGAGACACAAAUCAGGAAGCAGUAUGCACUGGGCAGCACAGGGCAUGCUGGUUAAUCACCCACUCAUUCAUCCAACCAUCCAUCCAUCCCUGCCUCCCAUCCUCCCUCCCUCCCUUGAUCCUUCCUUCCCUCCAUCCAACCGUCCAUCCAUCCCUGCCUCCCACCUCUCUCCUGCCCUUGAU